AUGAUUGGAGGACUCUUCCUUUACAAUCACAAGGGAGAAGUGCUGAUCUGUCGGAUAUUCCGCGACAAUGUUACAAGAGAGGCUGUCAAUGCUUUUCGCGUGAAUAUUAUUCAUGCUAGGCAACAGGUGAGAUCCCCCGUAAACCUCAUCGGGCGUACGUCGUUUAUGCACAGAAAAUGUGGGUCUGUUUGGAUGGCAGCGGCGACAAGGUCGGACGCAAAUGCUGCUGCUGUAUUUGAGGUGUUACAAAAACUUGCUGCCACCAUGACUGAGUAUUUUGGGAAGAUAACGGAGGACAGCAUCCGUUCAAAUUUCGUACUUAUUUAUGAACUCCUUGACGAACUCGUGGAUUUCGGUUAUCCCCAAAUGACGGAUGCAACGGUGCUGAAGACAUACAUUACGCAAUCUGGGGUACGAGGUGUGACGAGAGAAGAGCAGCAGCAAAUCACUAGUCAAGUGACCGGUCAGAUCAGUUGGCGACGUGAAGGCAUAAAGUAUCGUCGAAAUGAACUUUUUAUUGACGUCGUAGAGUGCGUCAAUCUCCUAAUGAACCAACAAGGACAGGUGCUAUCCGUAAACGUUGCCGGUAAGGUACUGAUGAAGUGCUUUCUGUCCGGUAUGCCUGAAUGUAAAUUUGGGAUUAAUGACAAGAUUACGCUACAACAAUCCAGUAGCAGGAAUCAAUACGACGAUCUUACUAGGCCAGCUCGCACCGUAGUGGCCAUUGAUGACAUUCAGUUUCACCAAUGCGUUCGACUGGGAAAAUUUGAAAGCGACCGAGCGAUUUCUUUUGUACCACCUGAUGGAACCUGUGAAUUAAUUAAAUAUCGAACUACUCAAGAUAUUAAAUUGCCUUUUCGUGUCAUUCCUUUGGUAAGAGAAGUGAGCAAGUCGAAACUGGAGCUCAAAGUAGUUCUCAAAGCUGAGUAUAAGCAAAAUCUUGUGGGACAGAAAAUAGAAGUACGGAUUCCAACUCCACCUAAUACAUGCGGUGCAACGUUAUUGUGUAUGAAAGGAAAAGCGAAGUACAAGUCCGGGGAGAACGCAAUUGUGUGGAAGAUUAAGCGAUUGGCUGGUGGGAAGGAGGUCCAAAUAUCUGCCGAAGUGGAUGUUCUCACUAUUGGAGUUCAGGCGCCAAAACGGUGGGAUCGGCCACCAGUUAGUGUGGAUUUCGAAGUUCCGUUCGCACCUAGUGGUUUCAAGGUGCGCUAUCUCAAAGUGUUCGAGUCGAAACUGAACUAUUCUGAUCAUGACGUUAUAAAAUGGGUUCGUUAUAUGGGAAGAUCAGGGUCUUCGACGACGCAGUCGAUCGAGAUCUCUCUUAGAUGUAUUCUUUUAGACCAUCGCAAGUACGGAAGUGGAGAGUUGAGCAGUAUGACCGAUGAUCUAAUACAGCUGGUAAAUGGAGAAAACUUCCUAAACCUGGAAAAUGAAGAAACUGGCAUGACGCUGUAUGGCUUAAGCGGAGACGGCCAAGUUUAUUCGACAACUGCCGAGUGGGCGUGCGCCGUUUUUUCUGCACAUGACGCAGCACGUGCCACUGCUUAUCAGGCAUCGAGAGGGAUUUCUACCUGUCCAAGCUUGAAAUCUAUUGUAAAGGCCACCAAUGAGCGAAAUUUUAAAUAG